GUUUGUUCAAAUGUUUUGUGGGUGUUACAACUUACAUGAAGUACUUACUAAAACCAAUAUGGCUGACGAAGAAGAAGAUUAUAUGUCAGAUGCGUUUCUUUUAGGGCUUGAAGACACCAGACCUGGGCUUGCUUUUGGUGCUGCCGCUAGAGAAUACAAGAAAGAAACAAACAGAAAACAGAAAGAAACAGAAAACAGAGUAAAACCUCUAAAACAACGAGAAAGUGAACGCCGAGAAAAAGCAUUAUCAAAUGCCAUAGAUAGUUCAAACAAAGGUUUUGCUCUCUUGCAGAAAAUGGGUUACAAGGAAGGGAAGGGCCUUGGGAAACUUGGUAUGAUGCUUUGUAUCUUGUUUUGGUCAUAUGAUAAUUGCGUAUAUUCAACAACAAUUGUGAAUGUGAACAAAGCAUGAAAAUGAUGAAAUAUUAAUAUUUUUAGGAGAGGGAAGAAAAGAACCUAUUCCAUUGUCAAUCAAAGAAGGUAGAUAGAUGUUCUAUUUUCCCAAGCUCUGCCAUUACCAUCAUAUUCGUCUAAGGCAAUAAACAGUUACAGAACAAAAUACUGUCUGAUUGCGUAUGCUCAUGAAACCUGCAUGUUUUCAAGAGUAUUUGAGGGUUUCAAACUGAUCAGCGCACAUUGCAUUCAACUAAUAAUUUGAAAAGUGAUGGGUAGAGGGGAAUUUUCUGGUUCUGCAUGAAUUUGUUUCAGCCAUUUGCUUGUACAAGAAUUUUUUUGUGGAAUUUUAAAAUAAUUUUUCAUUGCUUUCCUCUGCAUGAUUUUUUUUACUUUCCCACCAUCACUUUUCUCCAUCCUUAAUUUCACCUGAAUUUCACCCUGACUGACCAACUUAAUUAAUUGAAUCUUUCAAAUGCUCUUUACAAUUGUCAAGGACUUGUGGAACGUGUAUGUGGGAAUAGACCAUGUGUUAUCCACAAUUUUUCAUGAUUAGAAGCAAAAGAUGCACUCUGUAUAAUACAAGUAGGACUUGAUUGGAAAAUAUCCGAAAGCAUCUUUUCAUUUUAACUAGGCCGUGGAGGUUUGGGCCAAGAAUCAGAGUUAAAACGAAAACAAGAAAUGCAACAGAAAUAUCUGCAAGUUGCCCGAGAAAAACGUGUGAAACUUGAAGCAAAACAACAAGAACAGUUCAGAGAGAAGCAAAAAGAAAUAUUUUCAAAUAAACAAGUUGAUAAAGAUUUGUUUCAAAGUCAAAAAGCAUGUGAACAGUUGGAUAAAGCAAAGGUACGACACAUUGGGUCAAUGAGUUAGCUCAGUUCAGAAAACAUCCACACCAAAAUAGGGGAGUUAACCACCCUAUCCACCACCUCACACCACACCACACACCACCCACCACACCACACACCACCCACCACACCACCCCACAACACUAUGUUUCCUCUUCUGUAAAGGGGUUCGGAUUUUCUGGAACAGUCUAUAAUAAGAAAGCUGCAGAUGGAUAGGAAUGCAAGUCAACUACACACGUAAAAAUCUCACAACUUGUGACAAGUUGUUGACUGAACAAGCUUGUAGCAAGCUUGUUAACAAGUACACGUUGUACAAAGACAAGUUGUUGACAAGCUUGCUACAAACCUGUUGCCAACAACCUUGUUACGGCCCUGUCACAACAACCUUGCUACAAGUCCGUCAACAAGCCGUAACAAGUCCGUCUCAACAAGCUGGGAACCGGCGGUGCGAACACAUCCUGUUGACAAGUUGUUGGUGCAGACUUGCUACAAGUCUGCUGCAGGUUUGUUACAACUUGUGCGUUUUUACGUGCAUACCUGAAAAAUACAAGGAGAACUUCGAUGUUUCGAUGGUCCAGACAUUAGUAGUGAAACUUCAACAUUUCGAGUAAAAGCUCAUUAUUGUCCGGAAGUUAGUAGAUAAGUUACUAACUUCCAAACGAAGGGUUAUUUGCUCAGAAACGUUCUCCUUGUAUCUCUCGGGUAGUUGUAUUCCUAUCAAUCUGCAAUUUUCUGGAACCCAUUGUGUGAUCAGGAAGCAAAAAGUGGAUGGAUCCCUGCUAGGAUGGAACGCAGUGUGUCCUGCAAUUUAAGUCAAUGUGCAUCCAUCUUGUGUUUUUUAUGGAGAAUGUUUUGUUACAAAAGUUUUGCAUUUCAACUUUAGAACCUGAGUUGCAAUGAAGUUUGGUUCUGGCCACAGACGUUGACGGAGACUGAUGAAGAGGAAUAUGAUGAAGAGGAAUAUGAGGAGGAUGAAGUGGAAGAAAUGGAGGUAAUGCUACUUACAUAAUUAGCUAACACAUGCUUUUGCCCAUCACCAUCCAACACUCGCUCUUCAGUUACAAAUGUAAGCAUAACAUGGAAUAAACGUCACCAAGCAAUUGAGUAAAUUGGGUGGCAAUGAGCAUAAACCUAGGUCUUUUUUAUCUAUGAUCAAAUGGCCAAUUGAAAAAUAUUUUUGUUUUUCAAAAAAGAUCGGGCAGGCGAUUUUUAGUUGCGUAAGCAGUCCAUUUCACUUUUAAAAAGCAGAAUAAAAACCGUUUUCAUACACUUCUUUUGCGCACGAAAUAACCAAGACGUAUUAAAACGUGUUGAAAGUUCAAAAAGAUCUUUUAAUUAAAUUUGUUUUGUUUGUUUGGCCUAAAUAUAUGUUUAUUUUCUCAGAGUUCAGAGAAACUGGUCAUACUUACAGAAUAUCUGAGACGAGUUCAUCUUUACUGUAUCUGGUGUGGCACGUCAUUUACAGGUGGGAUCAUCGCGAAUUUCAAAGUAAGCUCAACAGAUUCGCAUCUUACCUUUGACCAAAUCACAAAUGGUUUAUCUUUUUGUUCUUCAGAUGACGAGGACUUGAAGGAAAAUUGUCCAGGAGACACUUCCAGUGCUCACGAUGAUUACUAACCACCAGAAAUUCCCAGAAAGGGCGAGGUGAUCGUCAGAGACCAAAGCAUUACUUCAGGUAAAUGUCAGGUAUAGAUAAAACCAGAUAGCUGGCUGUGGUGGGCAUUCCAAAGGCGAAUCGGACAAAACACUUUGGUCACAAUGCAAGCCAAAAAGACAUUUCAACGUGAAAAUUUUAUAACAUCAAAUGAAAGGGUAAAAUAGUCAAACCAGGCAUAGGAAAUGGUGGAUAAAUGGAUAUAUCUUUUCAACUUAAAAGUUUGACAAGUGUGGGUUUUCUUCAAAAAUACUUCACACGAAAUAGUCCUCAUAUAUAUAUAUAUAUAUAUCUAAGCAUAGAAAUGUACUGUCAUUUUGAAAUGUACUGUCAUUUUGCAGUGACAACAUAUGCAGUGCUAACCUAAUUCCCGUUAUCCGUGCAUUAACGAUGCCGUAGCGAAAUGUAGCAUUUGUGAUUCACAAUCUGUUUCAGCUCCCAUGAACAAGUAAUGUUUUUGAGACAGAACGAACACGUAACCCAACAUGAUACCGUUAAAACGCAACCCUCCUCUAAUAUAUUGUAAUCCUCUAAUAUAUUGUAAUCCUAUAACAAAGACACACUUGACCAAGUUUUAAUGUGUAUCCAACAUGCAAAUAAUCACAACACGUUUUAAAAACAAAACAUAAUAAAGUACAAUAAUAAUGUUUGUUAAAAAAGAUUUUGGUUCAAAUGUUACUGGUAUUGCGAAAGUUCUUUGCGAUAAUACUAUUAAUGAAAUACUUUCAAUUAAUGUAUCUGCUUGUGUAAGACUUGUAUACCAGCAUGUAACAAUGGGUGUAGGGUCACUCCCUCUGCUGUAUAUACACAUGCGUUCACUCAACCACAUGCAAGCAACUUGAAUUAGAGAUGAACACUAAAUAAAUCAGAUUGCUUGCGCGCUGGUCAAAAUAGCUGCAAUAAAACCACCCUACUUAUUCUUCGAAGAGUCAGCAUCGUGCUCGUUCCCAGGCAAUUUAUCGCAUUGUUAAUAAGCAGUCCUGGCGAACACGAAUACUCCAUCUUAUCUAUUUACACUAUACAACUUCUACUGAAAACACUGCAGAACAACCACUGUGAGAACAACGUCAAUGUUUACUUCUUUCGUCUCUGACUGCGUGCACGCGUCACCCUCUUGGGUUUAGUGUCCUCGGGGGUCUCCCCUUCCAUACUUUCAUCUGCAUCCGUACUUUCUUGUGAUAGUUCACCAUCAUCUACUUUCGCUUUCUUUACUUCAUCCUCUGUUCCUGUCAAUCCAUCAGUAUCAUUAUUAUUCCCUAGUCCUUCCUCGGGUCCCGCAAUAUCCUCCACCGCCUUCUUGGUUUUCGUAUUUCGCGCCGUCUUUUUUCGCCCGCCAGCUGCUUGACGUUUUCUUCCCCGUACUGCUUUCGUUCGAGGCAUCGGACUCGCCUCCAGUCCUCCACUCUCAACCCCUCCGCUCUCAACCCCUGACGUCACAAUUGCCUGAGUGUCAUUCCCUUGAGUAUUAUUCUCAGGAGUGCUUGCGGGUUCGGAAACCUUCGGCUUUGCUGUUUCGGGUGCAGUAGUGGCAACUUCGGUCGAGCUCGUAUUAUUUACAGUAACUGUUGUAACGUCUCGUUGCAUUGCUUCAGAUUUUUCAGUUAAAGUGUUUUCGACAUUCGACUUGGGUUUGUCAAUGUUUUUCACGGUAGUUUCAAUGGCUUCUGCAGGUUUCUCAUCCGGUGUAAAUGCAGUUACUUCAAAUUCCGCCUGGGUCUCUUCUCCGGGCGGCUUUUCGUCCUCGUGAUCUCCGGCAUCUUCGUCAUUCUCAUGCUCGUCAAUUUUAUUCAACAGUUCUUCAAACCUCGUCGCGGUCUCUGGGUCAUAGAGAUCCUCAUUUGUACCUUCUUCACCAUCUAAUUCCUCAUGUGACUCGCUGUCGACGGGGGACCACUA